GCAACUCCACAAGCUCGAGCUCCUCAGCUCCUCACCGAUACAUGUACACUUUAUACCUCCAUCAGCUUCCAAAUUCUUUAACGGACAGCACCCAAUCCCCCAUACGCCCAUUUGAACCUCCAAGAAUCCCAUCAUCAUGGAUGAAAUUGCCCCAGAAUACGAUGUCGUGGUCCUUGGCACUGGUCUGACGGAAUGUGUCCUUUCUGGUGUGUUGAGUGUCAAGGGGCAGAAGGUCCUUCAUAUUGACCGCAACGACCACUAUGGCGGAGAGGCAGCCUCCGUCAACCUCGAAUACCUGUUCAAGAAGUACGGGAACGUCGCCAAGGGCGAGGAGCCAUGGAAGAAGUAUGGCCGGGCGAAUGACUGGAACAUCGACCUCGUCCCGAAGCUGCUGAUGUCGAACGGCGAACUCACAAACAUCCUGGUCUCGACCGACGUCACGCGGUACCUGGAGUUCAAGCAGAUCGCCGGGAGCUACGUGCAACAGGGCAAGCAGUCGAGCGCGACGGUCGCCAAAGUGCCGUCGGACGCGGGCGAGGCGCUCCGGUCGCCGUUGAUGGGACUGUUCGAGAAGCGACGGGCGAAGAAGUUCUUGGAGUGGGUGGGGGCGUUCAAGGACGAUGACCCCGCGACACAUGCCGGCUUGGACAUGAACCAGGUGACGAUGAAAGACGUAUACGAUAAAUUCGGGCUCGAAGCGACCACCCGUGACUUCAUUGGCCAUUCGAUGGCGCUCUACCAAACCGACAGCUACAUCAACGAGAAGGGGACGGCCCAGGAUGCCGUCGGCCGCAUCCGACUGUACGUCAAUUCGAUGGCGCGCUACGGCAAAUCCCCCUACAUCUACCCCCUCUACGGACUCGGCGAGCUGCCGCAAGGCUUCGCCCGGCUGUCCGCCAUCUACGGCGGCACUUACAUGCUCAACACCGAUGUGGACGAGGUCCUCUACGACGGGUCCAAGGCGAUCGGGAUCAAGGCGACGAUGAAGGAGCGAGGGGAAGAGGGCGACGGGAUGAAGUUCGAGACCAAGUGCAAGAAGAUCAUCGCGGAUCCGUCGUACUUCCAGAAUAAGGUGCAGGUCACGGGAUACCUCGUCAAGGCCAUUUGCAUCCUCACCCAUCCGUUGGCCAGCACCGAUAAUUCCGAUUCCGUGCAGUUGAUCAUUCCGCAGUCUCAGAUUGGCCGGAAGCAUGAUAUCUACAUCACCCUCGUUUCCAGCCACCAUAACAUCUGCCCCGCCGGAUACUACGUCGCGAUCCUCUCCACCAUCGCCGAAAGCAACGCCAACCACCACCUGGAGCUCGAGCCCGGCUUCCAACGCCUCGGCAAGAUCGAGGAGAAGUUCAUGGGCCCACCGAUCGCGCUGUACGAGCCGUUGGAGAGCGGCAUCAACGACAACAUCUUCAUCUCCAAGAGCUACGAUGCCACCAGCCACUUUGAGACCACCACCGAUGAUAUCAAGAACAUAUAUAUGAGGGCGGAGGGAACGGAAUUGAAGGUCGAAGGGUUGAGAGAAGGUCAGCAGUUGGCGGAGGAUUAGGGUUGAAGAUUGCAGGAUGGAUGUCGUUGCAUUCGUUGCCCGAGCCGCUAUUAGACGAUGAGAUUGUUCUGCGUUAUCGAUAGCGUCGAAUAUUGAAUGAGGAGCUGUCUGGGA